AAGCUGCUCUGACUUUCACUGUCUUCUGUCGUGGAUGCUGGUCUUCAGUUAGCUUUGUGAACAAAAAAAGGACCCUGAAGCUUCUCUUUCUCAAAGUUCUCAGUUUCUGUGCCUAAAGAUUGUACCUUCAUCUACAGAUCUUGUUCCUUAUAUAUUUCACUGUGAAAAGUUGUAAAAAUACUGGUGUUUCUGUCUUCAGAGUAAAAUACCGUAAUCUGAGUCAUCAGAAACGUUGUGUUAGACACAUCUUGUUGUACAUAAAACCACUUGGGGAAUUCUCUAGAAAAAAAAAACUUUUACUCCUACCUUUUCUCUCAGCUGUACAGUUCUAAAGUUUGCUUUGUGUCUGUUGCUGCCUCUGCUGCUGACAGAGAGGUCUGUGAGAUGUGUUAGAGUCAGAGUGAGAGGAGAAAGAAGAAGCUGAGAUGGGAGGGUGGAAAGGAGCAAGAAGAAGGAGGGUGAUGAGCUUCCUGGUCGUCUGAACUAUCGUUGUGCUGAGCUGACGAGGCCUGUAGCUGAUGCUCAUGCAGGAGGGGAGACACUGGCUGAUGCAGUCAUCUGUGCUAUCCGCUCUGCUGACAUUUGGCACGACAUUUAUUCCGCCGUUGGUGAGGUGUAGAGAGUGGAGUGAUCUCAUGCUGCUGUGUGAAGUCCUGCUGCCUCCAUCUUCACUUCAUCUGAGUCGCUCUUAAUUAUGACACUGAGUACAGACACCUGUUGGACACCAUGACAGCAGACAAGGAGAAGAGAAGAGCGAUCAGCCGGGAGGCAGCCAAAAAGAGACGACGAGUGGAGUCUGAUGUGUUUGGAAAUUUGUCCCAGCUCCUGCCGGUCCAGCCCUCUGUCCAAAAGAGUCUGGACAAGCCGUCCAUCAUUCGCCUCACACUCAGUUACAUACGUAUGCACACACUGUUGAAAGAUAGAAAUGUAGAGAACGGCCACACGCUCCCACCGUUCGCUGGAUUGUCGGAUGGUGGGGAAGAACAGCGAAGCAGCAGUGAUGGAGGAUGUGGUGAUGUGGAGCCUGCACAGACAGAGGAACUGAAAACUGUGGAGGAGACAGAUAUGAUUCUGAGCGUUCUGGAGGGAUUCCUCAUGGUCCUGACAGCACAUGGAGACAUCAUCUAUCUUUCUGACAACGUCAGCAAAUACAUGGGCUUGUCACAGACUGAGUUGAUGGGACACAAUAUCUUUGACUUUACUCACCCCUGUGACCACGAAGAAAUCAGAAACAAUCUACGCCAAAUGCCAGGGGACGUCUGGUGUGGUGAGAAAAGAGACUUUGUCAUGAGAAUUAAAAGUGCUUUGACUAACAGAGGUAGAAAUAGCAACCUGAAAUCAGCCAUGUGGAAGGUUCUGCACUGUCAGGGUCGGCUGAAUGGUUGUGCAGCUCCCUCUUCAGUUCCCUGGUUGUUGCUAACCUGCCAGCCUCUGCCUCUGUCACACACACUCCUCAGCUCACACACCUUCACCAGUCAGCACAGCAUGGAUAUGAGGUUCACAUACUGUGACCACAGGGUGACAGUGCUGUUAGGUUACACCUCUGCAGAGUUGCAGGGUCGUUCCAUCUACGACCUCUGUCACACGCUGGACACAAACUCUUUGAGCCAAAACCAUCUGAACUUGUGCUGGAAGAGUCAGUCUGUCAGCAGUCAGUACAGGUUGUUGGUCAGAGGUGGAGGUUACGUCUGGGUGGAGACUCACAGUGCUGUCAUCCCCACCAUCCACCCCUCCAGGUCCAGACACAGAGGCUCUCAUCAGCCCCUCUGCAUCCUCUGUGUGACCUAUGUUCUCAGUGGGGUAGAGGAGCCGUCCCUGCAGCUCUCUGUGGACCAGACUUUCAAAAGACGUUUUAGCUGAAAAAGUUAGUAAUAUUCUGAGGAUUCCUUGGGCAGCGAAUGGAGAAACUGUUCUACCUCCAUCACAAAAUCCUUGUGAUAUUUAAAAAAAAAAUAUUUUGAAAUUUAGAAUAUCUUACACCUGGAAAUAUUCAAUAAAAUAAAAGAUUAUGUCAAGAGAUAUUCCAAAUAGUCCAUUUAAUCAAAAACUAUAAAAUAAAAUUCCGUUUAGUCUGUUGUGCUGUCAGAUUUGUUUAAUUAUUUACAAUUGGUAACACGCCACUCACUUAAUCCUUCUGUUUUGAUUUAUUACAGUGUAAUCUAAUUGUUGUUUUGUGACAUUGUACAGUAGCACCGCAACUCUUGUGUUCCUAAAAUAAAUCUGAGAACUCAAACUGUAGACUCGGCCAAACAGACAGUUGACAUGGUGAAAAAUGAAACAAGUUGGUGGUUUGACUUUUUCCUGACUGAUCUGGAUCUGACCUUACUUCCUUUGAGGUUUCCGUCUGGGCCACCUGACACGUGGAGUUGACAUCCUACUGUGGGUCACAAACAUUAUUCAAUUUGCUGAUGAGACGUAAGCAGACACAAGUUGAAGCCACAGCUUCCUGAAAAGGCAGCAGAGUGCAAAAUUCUCAUGAGAACUUUCUCAACUUUUUACCUCUUGCCAUCUGAACUAACACACGCACGUACACACACACACACACACACUCACACUGAGGCCUUUCCUCGCUCUUUGUCCUAGCCAUAACCAUCUGCAAAACAUAUGCUUCUAUGACCCUAGUCCUAACCCCUAAAUACAAUGAACUCCAACCCCAGAAUACAUAUUCUUAUAGUCUUCAAAACUAUUGUUUUAUUAAUGUCAUGCACCAAUGAUAAGGAUAGAAAUGUUGAGAUAUUGCUUACCUUAUUGCUAACAAUAACAAACAUUAUAGGCAUUGAGGCAGUGAUUACGGCAAAGGGAUUCCCAACCAAGUACUGAAGAUUGACAUGUCGUUUUGAAAAUACCAUAUUUUGAUUGAUUUGAUGUGAUCCUAAUUUCUUUCUUUUUUUCUGCAAAAACUGAGAAGUAAAUAGUGAUUUCUCCACAGUAUUCUAAUUUUUUGAGUUCCUGUUUCCGUGGGUUUCACGAGCUAGAAGCCCAAAUUAUGUAAAAAUAAACAACUAAAUACUUGAAAUUGUUUAAAUUGUGGGCCCUGAAUCUAUAAUCUAUGAAAGUUUAACUUUUUGAAUGGAAUUCUGA